AUGGGAAUGAAGGAGCAGAGUUUCUACAACAAGGUGAUAGCAGUGCUGAUAGAUAGAAUGGAUGAAGCGAACAGCAUGGACCUGGCGACAAUCGCAAACACGCUGGUGUUGUUGAAAAAUAGAAAGGUGCACGUGGACGGAGACGUGGUGAGAAGCGCAGCGACCGCAAUAUCAAGAAUGUGUAUGAGAAGAGAGAUCAUGGAGGAAAUGUCAGCAACAAACUCAGUGCUGAUAAUGUACUCGUUCGCAAAGCUGGAGAUCAUGGACUGGGAGCUGUUCGAUAAGCUGCUGGAGCUGAUGAAGAAGAUCAACAAGGAAAACUUUGAACCGCACCAAAUACCGCUGGUGCUGCACGUGUUCUCAGUGUUUAACAUAAAGAAGGACGCAAGAAUGCCGCUAAUACUGGACUACAUCGUGGAAACGGCAGGAAUAAUGACGUACCAGAACAUAGCAAAUUGCCUAGUGUCACUGGCGAGACUGAAUAAAAGAAGAUACGAUGCCACAGAAAUAUGGAAGAUAGGGAAAUGGAAAUUUGUAGCACUGGUGGAAAACUUGAAGGAGAAGAUGGAAACAAUUAAGAUCAGAGAGCUGGGUAAGUGGAAGGAAAAUACAAAUUUAACAGCGAACAUACUGUGGAGUCUAGGAAAACUAAGCUACAACGACAAGGAGUUUGUAGACGAGUGUCUGAGGAAGGUGGCGGAGUGCGGUGACAUAGACGCAAUAUCAUACGCGCAAGUGUUUGAGGCCCUGAAGGAGUACAAGACGAGGAGGCAGGGGAACGUGAUGCUGAGCAUGAAGGACGAGGAGCUGAUGGAACACCUGUUGAACAAAUACAUGAAGAUCAUGAGGAGUUCGCCGAAUCAAAUAAUAACACAAGUGGCAUGGUGCUGCUCAGUCAUGGAUUUUGAUAGGAAUAAAGUGAUAGAAGAGUCAUUAGAGGAGUUGUCGAAGAGAAAGUUGAACAAGGUGGAACAAAAAUACGUAAAUCUCUUUGAAGGAGAUGCGAAGAGCUGCGUGACGAGAGCAAGAUUCUCACCAUUAAGGAAAGAAUCCUUGGCAGUGGCAGUGGAUUCCCUAGGAUACAUAAGGCUGAUGGACCUGAAGGCACAAAAAGGAGCGAACCACAAGUACUUUGAAGGAAUAUUCAUGGAAAAUGACAUGAAUCUGCCACAUCUGUGCGACUUCGCAUUCAGUAACACAGGAAAAUGUGUAUACGUGUCCUCGUCGGACGGAUACGUGUCAGUGAGCGCAGUAAACAUGAUAGGAACGCACCUAAACAAGGACAACAGCCUGCUGACGAUAGGAGAAACACACACAGGAGGAACGCUGUGCGUGUGCCCCUCGCCAGACCACGACUUCAUACUGUACACGGGCGGAGGAGACGGAUUCCUUAAAAUGUGGGACCUGAGACUAAUGUCGAGCAGAAACAUAUACUACGCAAACGAAAAUGACCUCAACAGUAAGCCAUGGUCAAAGCCACUAAGUUCACUCUGGGCACACGUGACGCCACUCUCGUCAAUAAGCCUUAAGGUGGCAAAAAGAAUAGUGACAUGCGGAUUCAACGAAAACAUAAGAAUAUGGGACGCACAAACACUCAUGCCAAUACAGACAAUAGAAGCAGGACCGGACGAAAUGGGAGUGUGGGACCUGCUGGUGGACGAUAGUAAAAGAAAGCUGGUGUGCGUAGGAGACCUGGGAGGAAUAAAAACAUACGAGUACGAGUCGAAGCAGGACAAAUUCGCCAUCAAAAACGCUAAAAAAAUUAAACAGAACGACAGAGAAGGCUACAAAAGCCUGCAGCUGGAGGAAGAAGACCAGGUGCUUUUCAGAAGCUGGAAGAGAAUCUGCCAGGAUGGCAAAAACCUGGUGAUUCCAAGAAUAGACAACGAAGAUAAGGUGAAGGCAUACAUAAUAGACAUGAACACGGGGAAGAUGGUGGACAGUCUGAGCUGCAACGGUGAAAUGGAACCGAAAAAAUGUAACAUUUCGUCAGUGGAUGUACACCCUGAUCCUGAUGUAGGGCUCAUACUUUCGGGAGGUUAG